CGUCCCACAAUGCACUGCCCCUCUCCAGCCCUCGCGCUUCGCCAAUCCCACAAUGCGCUGCUCCUCCGCUCUCCCACAAGACCCCCCGCCCCCUCGUCCGCCCCACAAUGCCCUGCUGCCGGCCCCCUUCUUCCCCUGUGAGCAGCAGUGUCUGUCCCCGUAGGAGGAAGAUGGCGGACACAAUGAGCAGGAGCCGCCUCUCCACAGCCUGAGCCGACCCCGCCUGAGGGCGCUGCCCGCCCGUGCCGAAGCCGCCUGCUAGCGCCGCGCGGCCCCUACCCGAGACCCGCGCGCUUCAGGCCCCCGCCCGGUUUCCCUUCUCCGUUGCUUCGCAGGCCCCGCGGGCUCUAGGCCGCCGCCUGGCUUCUCACGUUCACCGGCGUCCUCCGUGCCCGGCUCCCGCUGGGCCCCGGCCCGGCUCCUCAGGCCACGCUCGCGCCGCCCCAUCCCUCGCGGCAUGAAGCUAACGGACAACGUGCUGCGGAGCUUCCGCGUGGCCAAGGUCUUCCGCGAGAACUCGGACAAGAUAAACUGCUUCGACUUCAGCCCCAACGGCGAGACCGUCAUCUCCAGCAGCGACGACGACUCCAUCGUGCUCUACGACUGCCAGGAGGGCAAACCAAAGAGAACACUGUAUAGUAAAAAGUAUGGAGUGGACCUAAUCAGAUACACACAUGCUGCCAACACUGUGGUGUACAGCUCCAACAAAAUAGAUGAUACAAUCCGUUACCUCUCCCUACAUGAUAAUAAAUACAUCCGAUACUUUCCAGGGCACAGCAAGAGAGUGGUUGCCCUGUCCAUGUCUCCAGUGGAUGAUACCUUUAUUUCUGGAUCGCUCGAUAAAACCAUCCGACUUUGGGAUCUCCGCUCUCCAAACUGCCAGGGUUUAAUGCAUCUUCAGGGGAAGCCUGUAUGCUCCUUUGACCCAGAGGGGCUGAUCUUUGCUGCUGGAGUCAAUUCUGAAAUGGUGAAGCUGUACGAUCUCCGCUCUUUUGACAAGGGUCCGUUUGCUACAUUCAAGAUGCAAUACGAUCGAACCUGUGAGUGGACAGGCUUGAAGUUCAGUAAUGACGGGAAGCUCAUCCUCAUAUCAACCAACGGAGGGUUCCUUCGACUGAUUGAUGCCUUUAAGGGUGCUGUGCUGCAUACGUUUGGGGGUUAUAAUAACAGUAAGGCUGUCACGUUGGAGGCAUCGUUCACACCAGAUUCCCAGUUCAUAAUGAUUGGUUCAGAGGAUGGAAAAAUUCAUGUCUGGAAUGGGGAGAGUGGGAUGAAGGUGGCUGUGUUGGAUGGGAAACACACAGGUCCUAUAACCUGUCUGCAGUUCAAUCCCAAAUUCAUGACCUUUGCCAGUGCAUGUUCCAACAUGGCCUUUUGGUUGCCAACCAUAGAUGACUAAUUCUGAAACCACAAUGCCCACUGGGUGGCUUCCGUACUGUUAAUAGCAGCGUGUUCUUGCAAAGAUUGUGUUGGAGCUGCCUACUUCUCCUGGACUGUAUGUUCUCAUCCAUCAUACCCACGUAUGUUCAUGUAUGUCUUUUAUUUGCUGCAUUCCUUCAGAAGGACUCCUUCAUUUGACCUCUGAGAGUCUGAUCCUGCUGUACCCAGAAGCUGGGUGCAACAUGUACCUACUUUCCAGUCAAAGUCCAAUAGGUUCCAGCAGAACUUGUAACUGGCACAGUGUUACUUUUGAGAACGCGGCGGAGGAAUAACGGAAAGUCUGAUUUUAUGAAAAGUUUGCUGCAGUUUCUAAGGUGUAAUUGUGUUUUAUUCUCUUACUGUAAACACGCAAGCCUACAGACAAACUGGGGUGGAUGAGUGGGACAUUCAUUUCUGUCCCACACCUGCAUGUUUAUCACGCCUGGGAUCUCUACAGUGUCACUGUUGAAUUCUACAAAUACAAACUUAAUUUGUGCCAAAUACAAGUAGACUGACUGUUUUUAACCCAAAUGUCAGAUGCACGGAGAUUUCUUUUGCUAUCGAACACUUGGGCAAAGGCUGCAUAGUCGCAUCAUGGCCUCCAUCAUCAAUUUCUAGUGGUCUAGUGUCUGGCAGACCAUACAGGUUUUGCGUGCUGGCAGAGAAAGCUUGAAGCAGCCUCUGUGCCAUUCAUCAUCCCAACAUCCAAGGCACAUAGAGUACUGAAGAGGUCUGGUGGGCAUCCCAAGCAAUAAAGGAGUCUGUCAGCAGGAAGAUGAUUAAAACAAAGACUGAAACUGCAGUAGUCUCCAAUACAUCUUCCUUCUGUAUCAUCUUUGCUGAUCUUACUUGUAAAUAUUAUGGGGGGAGGAUAGUAGGGAGGGGUCAUAUUUUUUUACUUUUAGGUAUUGAAGAGUAUGAUGUGGGCCAGUAUUGUGGGAUGAGUUCAGGCUGUUUACCUUCCAUUGAUGCAGCUUUCUCCUCCUGUUCUGUAAAUAAGCUCCAUUAAAUUCUCCCCAAACUGGGUCCAGGCCUGUAUCCCUUUUUUGUUAGUAAUACUUUCACACACAAGAUUUUAUUCCAUUAUGCAUUUAUCUCACACAUUGUGCAAGUUCUCAACAAUUGCUUAAAAGGCUGUGGCUCACUUAAGUUGGAUGGGUGUUAUCCAAAGCCAAAUGGAGAAUUUGAGAUGUCCACCUGAUAUCCCUUUUUUCUUGUAUUUUGCCCUGGCAUUGCUGUAAAGAAUGCCCUUGCAGAAGUAUUAUGCCUCUGUUCGUGAUAUACUGCACUCUGCGGUCCAUUUUUGGGUAAUGCAAAAAGUAAAUCAAGCCUACCAGCUGGUAUUUAUUGUUUCAUUUUCUUUCUUUUCUUAAGUCAUCACAUUGUAAAAUUGGUCUGAUGCAUCUCCAUUAGCAUGAUGGGAAAGGUACAAUGUACAUGGAGCUGUGUAUGCACUGUGCUCUCAUCUUAACCAAAUACUUGCAACCUAGAGACUGAGCAUACAUCGUAGGUGGAUGGCUUGGAAAAUCCAUUCUUUCUCUCCUGCUGCUGACCCCACCUUCCAAAAAAUGCAAGAGACUGUUAAUGUGGCAAUCUGAACAGGGAAUAGGCUGAUCCUGGAUGUCAUUUUAGUGUCCUCUCAUACCUGAAAAUAAUUUGUUACAUCUCUGGUAAUAGUGAUCUUGAUGCUCCAUGUUGUGUAGUUUUCCAUCUCCACUGUAGGGCCUGGUGACUAACGCAGAGCAUGUUCCACUGGAAUAAUAUAUGGAUUUGUGGUACAGCCCACCCCUUUCUCUGCUCCACCCUUGCUUGUUACAACUGUUAGCAUAACGCACACUCCCAUAAGCAAGGGCUAGGGGUGUAGAAUGGGUUUUUCAUCACUGCCAGUCCCCUUUGAGGUAUUGGUGCAUGUUGCGCUGCAGCUUUAUCUAUGACAGGCACUCUGUACGUCACCAAAAGGGCUGCUGUGCAUGAGACAGUCUGAGAAAUUAAUUGUUUGAUUCUAUGCUGUGACUAAAAAAAUGCUGUUUAGACUCUGUGAUGUGCCUCUGUGCUAAUUAUACUGUACAUGUUUAAA